GCCGCUACUGCCGCGGCGUCUCCCGUCCGGUCCCCCCUCCAUCCCGCCCGCCGUUCUUUCCCCGUGGGUCGCGCUUGUCACUCCCGCUGCUCUGCCAUGGCGGCCAGCAUGUCGCUGGGGCCACGGAGCCGCGCGGCCGCCGCGGCGCACAGCACCAAGCGCCUCUCCCGGCUGCAGGAGAAGGAGGAGCUGCGGCAGCUGAACGACCGCCUGGCCGUCUACAUCGACAAGGUGCGGAGCCUGGAGACGGAGAACAGCGCCCUGCAGCUGCAGGCCACCGAGCGGGAGGAGGUGCGCGGCCGCGAGGUCACCAGCCUGAAGUCGGUCUACGAGGCUGAGCUGGCCGACGCCCGCCGGACCCUGGACGACACGGCGCGGGAGCGGGCCAAGCUGCAGAUCGAGCUGGGCAAGAUCCGCGCCGAGCACGAGCAGCUGCUGGGCAGCUAUGCAAAAAAGGAAUCUGAUCUUAAUAGAGCCCAAGUCAAACUUAGAGAGUUUGAAGCAGCCCUCAGUUCUAAAGAAGUUGCACUGGCCAGAGCCCUCGGUGAUAAGAAGAGUCUGGAGGCAGAAGUUGAGGAUUUCAAAGAUCAAAUUGCACAGCUUGAAAUUUCAUUAGCUGCUGCCAAGGAACACCUUGCAACUGAAACCUUAUUGAAGGUGGAUCUUGAAAACCGUUGUCAGAGUCUCAUUGAGGAUUUGGAAUUUCGUAAAAAUAUGUAUGAGGAGGAAAUGAAUGAAAGAAGAAAGAAACAUGAAGCUCACUUAGCUGAGAUUGAUUCUGGGCAUCAAACUGAAUAUGAAUAUAAACUGGCCCAAGCCCUUCGUGAAAUAAGAGAGCAGCAUGACAUACAAGUGAAACUGUACAAAGAAGAGCUCGAACAGACUUACCAUGCCAAACUUGAGAAUGCUAAACUGUCCUCUGAGAUGAGCAAUUCUGCAGCCAACUCAGUAAGAGAAGAACUGCAUGAAAGUCAUGUACGAAUUGAUAAUCUGUCUUCCCAUCUUGCAAACCUUCAGAAAGAGUCUAGAGCAUGGCAAGAUAGAGUGCAAGAGCUUGAGGACACUUUGUCCAAGGAGCAGGACAACUGUCGCAAAAUACUGUUCGAGAAAGAGAAGGAAAUAACAGAGAUAAGAAAUCUGAUGCGGGACCAGCUGAGUAACUACGAACAACUUCUGGAUAUUAAACUGGCACUUGAUAUGGAAAUCAGUGCAUACCGGCAAUUGCUGGAGGGUGAGGAGAAGAGAUUGAAACUUUCUCCAAGCCCAUCUUCCCGAGUGACAGUUUCGCGGGCUUUGUCGAGCCGUACUGUGCGUGCAACUAAAGGGAAGAGGAAGAGGAUCGAUGUGGAGGAAUCUGAAGCCAGCAGUAGUGUUAGCAUUUCCCACUCAGCUUUUGCCACUGGAAGUGUGUCUAUUGAGGAGAUAGACGUUGAUGGAAAAUUCAUCCGCUUGAAGAACACCUCUGAACAGGAUCAACCUAUGGGAGGUUGGGAGAUAAUCCUAAAAAUAAGAGACACUUCUGCUAGUUACAGAUAUACCUCAAGAUAUAUACUAAAGGCAGGCCAAACUGUUAAAAUCUGGGCUGCAAAUGCUGGAAUAACUGCUAGCCCUCCCACUGACCUCAUCUGGAAGAACCAAAAUUCUUGGGGCACUGGUGUAGAUAUGAAAGUUGUACUGAAAAAUUCUCAGGGAGAGGAGGUUGCUCAGAGAAGCACUGUCUUUAAAACAACUACACAUGAAGAGGAAGAGCAGGCAGUUGAGGAAGAUGCAGCUGAGGCUGUGGAGGAAGACCUUUACCAGCAGGCAGGCCCAGAGACAUCUAACAGAAGCUGUGCGAUCAUGUAAACUUCCAGUCAGCCAGGUUCCUCAAAUCAUGGUAAUCCUUGCCUACAGAACAGAGCCAUCUCAGAAGCACAAUGUAUUUUUGUAUUUUCUGUAUGUAAAUUUUUAAGCUGUGAGUCUGAUGGCCUUAAUUUCCUUUGCCACUGAAAAGGAAGUUUUAUAAAAGAAGUAUCUAACUUUCUCACAGGAUGUGAAUUGUUGACUCUGAACAAUGUACUGCUUGAAAAAUUGUGUCGCUCUCCCACAGAUUUAUAUGCCAGUCUUUUUUUAUUGAAACCUUGUGGAAUGGAAAUAUUCCACUGUGUUUUGGGGAUCAAUUUUCUAGAUUACACCACUCUAGACUAGCCAGUUGCUGUUGACCUCUUUGUAUUUAGGUGCUGUUGGGGAAGGGGAAGGCAUUUUCGAUACUAUGAAUUCUUUUAUACUGGAGACUUUUUUUUUUCCUACAGCACAAUCAAGCCUAUAAAAUUUUUUUUAUAGGAAAGAACAGCUUUGUUAAAAAAAAAAAACCACAAACCAAAAAAACCCACUUCAAAAAAAAAAACAACCCAACACGACAAAACCAAGUGAAAGCAAAAAAACCACACACACAAAAAAAGAACAUAGCCCAGCUAUGUUCACGUAAAAACUCAGAGGAUGAAGGAUGCAGUAAAACUCCUUAUUGGUACUCUUUUCGUUUAUUUAGAUUUUUUAUUCUGGAGGAGGAUUCGUGUUAAAUGUGUUACCUGUGGUGUUAAGAUAGUGUAACCAGCUUAAAUUUUCUUAAAUGAUUUUUUAAUAAAUAGAAGGAUGUUUUAAUAUAGAUUGUGUUGCUUGUUUACAAUUUGUAGGAACAAAACUAAGUCUUUUAGGGGUCUAGUCUACAUUUGUAUGGAAAACAAUUUGUCAAUGUGGAGAGUUUUUCUGUCCUUCCUGCAUUAAUCUAAUGUCUGAAAAAGCUUUGAAUAAAGUAUUUCUGUUUAAGACGUUAUUAAGUAAA